AUGGAGGAAAUUGUCGUGCAAUCUGCGACUGAAUCCUACACGCACCAUGGAGCUACAAGCUCUAACGCAAACCCUGCUGCUUUUACCUCUGAGGCCUAUUUGGAAACAGUCGGUGACGUGCUUGCCCAGAUGGACAGCACUUCUUGCUGUACCAGCAGCGAUUUUGGACCGGAAACAUCAUCUUUUAUACCGGUGAAAGAGUCCACAGCAGUAGAAUUAGACACGACGAUCAACAUUGGGACAGCUGGGACAUCAGCUACCCGGUCAUUAUUCGAAGCGCCAAUUCCCGCAACUUUCCGACUCUCCAUGCUCACCGAAGCUUCAGCCGACUCACCGCCAACGUCGUGCCAUGAAGCUGGAAAUGAAGCGGACACAGCCGCUCCCCAAGCAACUGGCAAUUAUGCCCACUUGACACCAGAGACAACCCUUGAUACCCAUAGCGGAGCCAUCACCUCGCCUUCUGGGCGGGAGCAACAAAACAUCCCGCCACGCGUUUCACUGAGAGGCAGUCUUCCAGCCUGGCUGGAAUGUUGUCGAUCGCGGUCAGCUAGCAACGGGAGAACCCAAGAGGGCUUCGAUCCUGUCAUGAUUGCGCCAGGGAUCUCUGACUCCACGAUGCAGUCGACUGGAGAUGAUCCAACGUCUCCGGCAUCAGCAUCAUCUGCAACAACACCAUCACGAGAAAGCGGAUACAGCGUUACACCUGGUAUUGAUCGACUCGUCCUUGGACCAACCAUCCCCGGGAAAACAACAGUCCCUAGCGUCGAGGAACCUAAGAUCAACUCAGGAGGCGAAGCUGAGCCUGAAGCCAUUGCUGAACCCUCUUCGACCAGCUGCAUGUCAUCGCUGGCGCCUCAAAGUGUCGUAGGCUUUGAUAACACAGCCCUUAUCUCCCUGACGGCUCCUCCAUCUCCAGCCCCUUCAACUCCAGUCCUCCGCCGGUCCCGCAGGGGCACGGCCCCUAUUGGUGGCUAUGCUGAGGUUGAUUCUGAUACCGAAAGCAAUGCUAGUGGGAGUCCGACCGCGUCUUCAGGUGACGACAGACCGUUUGGCAGGAGGAGCAGUCCCCUUGGCUCUCUUGGCCAGCCCGGAAACAUCGACUCAAGCUCUAACAACGAGAAGGUCGCGGCGGGUAGCAGAGCCUAUGAAGCAGACUGA